GGAGAGAUACGCACACCAGAGGACUGACUCACACACACACCAUCCUCUGCGGGGAUAUUCCUUCACUUGCCCCGUAUUUCGAUGAGCAGUGACUACUUCUGGUGCUUUGUUUUUUUGCUCUUUUUCAACACUGGAUGAAGGAAUAUUUAGGAAUAAUUAGAGGGUGAUAUUGAAGGGCCCGAUAAAGGAUGACAUUUCGGCGAUUUGUUCGUCUUUAGAGACAGUUUGGGUCGGACACGGAGGACGCGCACUGCGCACAUGCCCCUUUUGGAUUACCGCACUCUCUUCGAUUGAAUCUAUCAUCAUGAAACGUGCUGGUGAAUGAAUUUCAGACCCGCGUCCACUCGUUACAUGCCGUCGUCCCUCCUCUACCCCCGAUCCAGAUGAGAGAUCCCCCCGGUGGACCUGAACCGCUUUUACGCAGCCAGUCCCCGGAGCGCAGCGCCGCCGACGCCAGCGGCUUCCCAUACCGGACAGGAGCGGAGAGACCGUCCGUUUCCACACCCACGUCGUCUUCUUCUCCCUCGGAUCCCUCGCGUCAGGCCAAAAGGCUUCCCAUCCGGAUCGUAAAGAUGUUGACGGCGCACAGCGGCCACUUGCUGCACCCGGAGUAUCUCCAGCCUCUAACAUCCGCGCCAGUCAGUAUUGAACUGGAUGCCAAGAAGAGUCCUUUGGCUCUGCUGGCCCAGACCUGCUCUCAAAUUGGCAAACCAGACCCCCCCUCUUCUUCCAAGUUGGCCUCUCUCUCCUCCGGCAGCCUGGGAGACAAGGAGUCCUCCAGCCGGUCAUCCAAGCCUGGAGAGCAGCACCAGUCCCUGGAGGACAAAUCCAGCUUCAAGCCUUACUCCAAGUCAUCAGGCGACUGUCGUAAAGACGUUCUAGUGACAAAGGGGCCUUCAGAUAAAGCUGCUUUCAGGGUGCCAAAUGGGAGCUCCGGUGGUGGCAGUGCUUCGUGUCCGUCCUUUCCUCCCCAUUCCCAGUCACCCAGGUCCAGCUCUCCUCCACUGCACACUCAGAGCCAGCCCCACAGACAAAGCCAUUCCCCCUCCAUACAGCCCCCGCCACACUCCCAGGCCCCGCACAUGGACAACAAACCUGGGAGCUCAGAGCAGGCCAGCUCGGACGCUAACAACAACAGUGCUGGCAAAAAGGACUCCGAUGGAGCUAAAUCAGGGAUGGAUGGGGCUCAGUUAGCCAACUCCAGUCACGUACGGGCCAGCGCCAACUCCAGCAAUGCCAGCUCUGCCAGUAGCCCGCGGCCGGAGAGCAAGGCUGACCCACAGGCCCCUUCACAGCCUGGCCUGGGCUCCGGGCACAUUGCCCCUGUCUCCCCUUUCAAGCCAGGACAUUCUGUCUUCCCCUUGCCUCCUGCUACCAUGGGCUACCACGGCUCUAUUGUGGGGGCCUAUGCUGGCUACCCCUCCCAGUUUGUUCAUGGUUUGGAUCCUACCAAGUCUAGUUUGGGGAUAGGACUUCCGGGGAAGCACCCCAGCUCCAGCCCACUCACUGGGGCCUCACCUCCGUCUCUGAUGCAGGGCUUAUGUCGGGACCCGUACUGUCUGACUUACCCCAAUGCCCCCCACCUGGGUGGCAGUAACUGCUCCACCUGUGUCCAUGACCCCUCAGCCCUCAAGUCUGGUUUCCCCCUGGUUUACCCUUCACAUCAUCUCCACUCCUUGCACUCCAGCUCCUUGUCCUCCAGCACCACCCCCUCCCUCUCCCACCCCCUCUACACCUACGGCUUCAUGCUCCCCAAUGAACCGCUGCCCCACGCCUGUAACUGGGUAUCUGUCGGAGGUCCCUGUGACAAGCGUUUUGCCACAUCAGAGGAGCUUCUAGCCCACUUGCGCACCCACACAGCCCUGCCUGGGAUGGUGGACAGUAAGCUGUUGUCAGCCUACCCUUCAUCGGUUUCAUCGACAGCCUCCUGCCACCUCCACCUGCCCCCACACAGCAGCCCAGGUACUCUGCCCAGCUCCUUCUCCCUCCGAGGCUCCCCUGGUUUGGGCCUGGCCCGGUAUCACCCCUACAGCAAAUCCCACCUGUCCGGAGCCCCAGGACUUCCCAUGCCAUCCCUCCCCUCCUCCUCAGCCUAUUACUCCCCCUAUGCCCUUUACAGUCAGAGACUGGGCUCAGCCUCAGCCCUUGGAUACCAGUGAUAUCUGAAAUAGUGUUGACGCCCACAGAUCGCAGGCACCAGCUUGGACACUCCAGAGCAGCCCUGAAGAUGGAUUCUUGAGAUUGGGGUCAUCAUCAGUGCAGGGCAUCACGCCUGCCAGGACUAGCACCUGUUAGCCUCAGUAUUGUGACUGGCGCUCCAAAGGCAAAACAGCCUGUGAUGGAUUGCCUCCAUCACAGAACAGACUUUAGUGAUUAAAGAUGGCGGGAAGCAGAGCUUGAAAUGAUGAAAAUUGUGGGAUUAUUUCAACAGUUUUGAUUUUGUUUUGUUUUGUUGUUUUUCUUCAUAUCUGUCUCCUGGAACUGAAAGUCUGUAUUUAUUUUUUACUCAAGCGCUUGGUAUUCAACUCUGGGGGGAAAAUUUUGCUGUCCAAAUAAAUUGUUCUUAAGUAUUCUAACUGAAAAAGAAUGAUUUAAGUAUAGUACCAUUAUGCCUAUCAUACACUCUAAAAAUAAAAAUCUUGCACCACGAUGAAGAUGGACUGGGGACCUCUUUUUAUCUCUUUUCCUCUCUGCUUUUGUUUUUUUUUCCUUCAUAUUCCACUGUGCGUUUAGAUUCUGGAGAAUUGCAUGUCCAUGAGAAUUAUCUUGAACAAUGCCAUUAUUUUUAUUUGUAAAUAUGGAAAGAUGUAAUAUUUUUUCAAGCUUACUUGGGGUCAGCAGGUUGGGGUCACUGAUACAAAUGGUACAACGAUAAGAUAAGAUGACAUAAAUAAAAACAACUGAUGAUGGCUGUGCUAUCCAACCAACAGGAAAAGGUCUUAUUUUGUUAAAUAAAUGAUACAUGAUUUUGA